AUGGCUGCUGCUGCGACGGAGGCAACCAACAUGGACCAGCAGGUCGAUCUCUCCACCAUCCCCAUCUCCCCCAAGGGCGCUGAGAACGGAAGCGAGGCCGCGGACGACAGCAAGCCUGUGACGGUCUUCCACGACAAGGACAACUUCAAUGUCAAGCAUCCUCUCCAGAACAAGUGGACUCUGUGGUUCACCAAGCCCCCGAGCGGAAAGGGCGACAACUGGAAUGACCUGCUCAAGGAGGUCAUCACCUUUGAUUCAGUUGAGGAGUUCUGGGGCGUCUACAACAACGUUGCUCCUGUUUCAGAACUAGCCCUCAAGUCCGACUACCAUCUCUUCAAGGCCGGCGUUCGCCCAGAGUGGGAAGAUCCCCAGAACAAGCACGGUGGCAAGUGGUCCUACCAGUACAAGGAUAAGCGCAACGUCGAUGUCGACCGUCUCUGGCUGCACGUCAUGAUGGGCGCCAUCGGUGAGACGCUCGAGGAGGAAGACGAUGGCGAGGUCAUGGGCGUUGUUGUCAACGUCCGCAAGGGCUUCUACCGUAUUGGAGUCUGGACUCGCACCAUAGGAAAGAGCAUUCCCGGACGAGGUGACGGUGAUGUUGCCGGCGGAAAGGGCCGAAGCUCGGAGAAGGGUAAGGACAUUCUCCUGUCUAUCGGACGCAGAUUCAAGGAAACCCUUGAGCUCCCCAGCAACGAGCAGAUUGAGUUCUCAGGCCACACGGACAGCGCUCAUGCUGGUAGCACCAGAGCCAAGGCCAAGUAUGUCGUAUAA